GAGAUGGAAGGUCCUGGGUGUGGUCUCAGGCACUGCCUAACUAUAUAUGACUUUGGACUAGUCACUUCAGUUACCUAGUUCUCAAUGUUCUUCUGAUGCUCAUUAUUGAUUCUAAGACAGAAAGUAAGGGUUAGAGAUAAAUAUGAUAUCUGUAUAUACUUUUUGAUCUCAUCUUACCCUUCAGCAAUGAUGGAAACUUCGAUGUCUCUCUAAAUAUUCACGUGUUGGUAACCUCAGACGGCUCAGUGCAUUGGCUGCCCCCUGCCAUUUACCGAAGCAGCUGUAGUAUCCAGGUCCUUGUCUUCUAGCCCCUUCUUCAUCCGGAUGGAGCAAUGAUUCAGCAAUAAAUCCCCAAUCCAGUGACCUGCCCCAGCUACCACAAGUCACUCCCCAACUAACUUCAAAUCUUUCCCAAGGACCAUUCUCAGUGAUUCUCAGUCCUUCAGUAAUCCCUUCUCCAAGCUUCAGUCCUUCUGACCUUCCCAAUAACCUUCCCUAAUGCUAUAUCUAUCUAUCUCCUUUAAAGUGGCCCUUCCCAGUGGCCUCUAGUCCCAGUAGUCCCAGUGACCCAAUGACCCCUGUCAGUGACUCCCACUCUUCAUCCUGACUGGUAGCUGGGGAAUAUCUCUGAUGGUUCCUCUUUCACCCUUCAGGUCACAUACUUCCCUUUUGACUGGCAGAAUUGUACUAUGGUCUUCAGUUCUUACAGUUAUGACAGCACUCAGGUCAGCCUGAGCCCAGGGCUUGGUCUGGAUGGACAGCAGAGGAAUGAGAUAUACAUCCAUGAGAGAAACUACAUUGAGAAUGGUCAGUGGGAAAUAAUCCAUAAAUCCUCAAGACUGAAUGGCCCCUCAGGACAAGGACAAGGAGGCAAGGAAGGAGAGCGCCAGGAUGUCACCUUCUAUCUCAUCAUUCGAAGGAAGCCACUCUUCUACCUGGUCAAUGUCAUAAUUCCCUGUGUGCUCAUCACUCUCCUUGCCAUUUUUGUCUUCUACCUGCCCCCAGAUGCUGGAGAGAAGAUGACACUGUCCAUCUUUGCCCUGCUGACCCUGACAGUGUUCCUGCUGCUGCUGGCCAGUAAGAUUCCUGAGACAUCCCUAGCUGUUCCCAUUAUCGUCAAGUACCUGAUGUUCACUAUGAUUCUGGUCACCUUCUCAGUCAUACUCAGUGUUGUUGUCCUCAACUUGCAUCACCGGUCUCCUCAUACCCACCAAAUGCCCCUUUGGAUCCGUCAGAUCUUCAUCCACAAACUCCCCUGGUACUUGGGGAUGAAGAGGCCCAAGGUAGAAAAAACAUUGAAGCCCGAUUCUCCAGUCCUGGCACUCAGGGACUCUCCAAGCGGCGGCUGGGAUCGAGCCACAGACGAAUAUUUCAUCCGGAAGCCUCCAGGGGAUUUCUCUAAAACCAACAGGUAUCAACCUGAGCUUUCAAACCCUCCGGACCUUCGGCGUUUUAUCAAUGGGGGUCCAAGCGGGAGUCAGAGGCUGCCCCUGGAGCUACGGGAGGUAGUGACCUCCAUAAGCUACAUCGCUCGGCAGUUGCAGGAGCAAGAGGACUAUGAAGACCUGAAGGAGGAUUGGCAAUAUGUGGCUAUGGUGGUGGACCGCCUCUUCUUGUGGACCUUCAUUAUUUUCACCAGCGUGGGAACACUCUUUAUUUUCCUGGACGCCUCCUACCACCUGCCCCCUUCCGAACCCUUCCCCUAAAUAGAUCCUGAUCCCCAAGAGUAGCAGGUGUGAAAUAUACUUGCAGGAGCCCUAUGCCUACCUAUAUUGUUUUACCCUCAGUUUAUUCGAUGGGGAUCUAGGAUCCACCUCUCCCCCCAAUUAAAAACUUCCGAGAAAUGCCUCAAUCUUGUUUCUAUAAAUCCUACCCGCCAGCUCACAGUCUUUUUGUGUAUAACAUGUGCUUAAUAAAUAUUUGUUCUAAGUUG